AUGGCCAGCCUGAUCGACCGCUCGCAGCAGGUGGUGUCGGAGAUGAGGGAAAGAGUGGGGGAGCUGCAGCGGGACUUGGAGGAGGAUGCAGCGAGGGUGGGGGAGGCGAAGGAGCAGAAGGGCGAGCAGGAGGCGGAGAUCAACGCACUCGUGGAAAAGGUGAAGGAGUGUCAGACAAGGAUCAGCAAACUCAUGCGGCGGCAAGAAGAGCUUCGGGAGAAGCGAGCGAAUCUUGAAGCAGAUGCAGACCAGCGCACCACCAAGAUACGCAAGGAGAUUGUUCUCUUUUCAGGUUUCACCAACAUCCGCCUGGAUGUGGACGUGAAGGACCGGUUUGUCGGCACGUUGGUGCACCCCUCAGGCAACCCCGAGCUCGCCAGGCCAGUUGACUUUGAUGCCUCUGCCGCCAACACCACCACUGUUGCGUACCAGCUCUGGAACAUGAUAUGA